UCAAUUCUACGAACUACUAGUCUAGUAGUAGCCUACUUGGGUGUCUCAUAAUCAAGUACGAGUAUUAGACGCUUCGUGAUAUUUUUGGAGCUUUGCUUUGCUGAUUUUGUCAUAUUUCGUGUUCUACCUAUUCUAAAUCCAGGUAUAGUAGCGCAUGGACGAAUCGGAAAUGAUGAUUACGUCACAGCCGGGAAGAGAAAAUGCCAUUUACCCAUACGAUCCAGAGUCCCUGCAAGUAGUCAACUCCAUCCCUGCAAAGCACAAAAGCAGCCAGAGGCUGUCGGAGGAAAUCAGUAGGACCGUUGCUGACCUGUCUCAAAAUGUUGAGUCUCUUCGUAGCGGCCUUCAUGGCAACCUUUCCUACGAGCAAUUUAUGGCAGAUAUGAUGUACCACGAUGAGGUCGUACUGGCUAAUCGACAGUUUUUGCAGUAUGCCUUCGUAACAUUUGAAUUGCUGUCGAAUCCUGGAAGUCCAGUGCUGCCGCUAAAGAAAAAUAUGACGCAAGGGAGAGCUUUCCUGACCAACCGUAGGUUGAUUGUGCUGAGCAACGAAGGAACAUGCAGCACUGCGGUUUCUGGAUUUCCUUUAACCAGUGUGAAACCGAGUAAAUACUCAGUGAAGUGCGAGGCUGGUGACGCUUUCCAUUACCAGUACCUGCCACUGAGCAGCAUUCGAGCUGUCGAAUUUGAUGCCAUCAUUGGUGCAUCGAUGUCUACAUAUAUUGACAGCCAGGAAGCGUGUUGCCUCUUAAAGAUGCUCAGUUGGUUCGGGCAAGCGAUGUGUCUGCGAAGUUGGUAUGAGGUGGGCCGUGUUUCAAACCCAUCUUUGAACCAACGUGUUCUUAAAUUGAGUGUGGACCUUCCACCAUGGGGAAAUCCGUGCAUUAUGUCAAUCUAUGUACAGCCCACUGUCAGUCUGCUGCUUGUUAAAGAAUUUCUCCGUGACUUACAGUCAUAUUCGCCGGCGAUGAAAAUCAAAUCUUGUGAGAAAGAGGCCUAGACACGAACGAGAUCAAUAUAGAGUAGUUUUCUGAUUGCUUUUCUUAUCCAAAUUUAAAUUUGCACUUAGUGUUAUAUUUCACUGAUAGGUGUUGCUAUGCUAACAUAAUUUAGAAAAGUUGAAUAAUCUUAUAACAAAAUUUUUUUAGAGUUGAAAACUUUAACUGUAUCAUUCCUAAUUUAAUUGAGUCUUCACCUUUUAAUGUAAGCCUAAUAUAUAUUUUUUCUUUUUUAUAACAAAUCAUAAAUAUACUAUAUAAUAUAAUAUAUAAAUUAUGAUAUAAUAGAAAUACACUAUAUUAUAUAUCUUACUAUGUAUAUAUAUAUAUAU